CGUUAGAAUUUUGAUUGUUUUUAUUUAUUUUAAUUCAAAUUUUAUUUAUUUAGCUUAUUUCAGUGCUAUAGUUAAAUAUCUGCUGUCGGUUAAUGAGCGAAGUUAGCUAUCGCACAUUAGCCUAGCCUUCAUUGUAACCAUUUAUGCCCUAAACAAGUUCAAAAUAAAUGUGGUUAUCGUGGUCAACAUCUGCUGCUGGAAAUGUGUGAGCAGAAGGGGAGGCACUCGGUGCUUCCCUCUUAAAUUCCAUGACUUUGUAAUGUAUGUCUCGCUCUGGGCAGGUCGGAUUAUUACAGGCGGUUAAGGCAUUACUUAAUCAGGCAUUAGUUAAUAGAACAAUUUCCCCGGAUUUUAUUUUGUAGUAACAAAUAAUGAAGAUUGUAUCAAAGUAAAAGGAUGCAUUUUACUUAAGAAAUGUUCUGGAGUAAAAGUGAAAAUUGACAUAAAUAAGAAAGUAAAAUAUAUCCAUCCAUCCAUGAAAAGUCAACAUUCUACUUUCGUAUCGUAACAAAAGAUUUUGUACUACGUUACAUUUCAAGACCGCACCUGGUAGCCCCUCGGACGCACCUCCAACACGCUGCUUCGACUCUCCCCAUUUCUCCCACACUCUAGAGAGCCAUGUCUCCCACCAUGGUGGAACACAACAGCUUGGAUGUCACGUAUCUAAACAAAUACUGCAACAGCUCUUCAUCGUCGUCCAGCUCGGAGAACGACAAAAAGAUUUGGACCAAGCUGAAGCUGAACUUGGCCGAAGAUUACCCGAGGAAGAACGCGGCGAUCCUGAGUGGACAAUACGGGACCAACGUGCUGCUGAUUGGAGCGGCGCUCAUGCUCGCCCUGGCCUACCACAGCCCAUCGGUCAAGGAAGACCACUUGUUGUCCUUCCUCACCUGCCUCAUGAUCCUCCAGCUCAUCUGGAUGCUGUGGUACAUGCUGGUGCGGAGCAGACACAAGAAUGCGCGCACUGAGAAGGACGUCCAUGCCACCACAUGCUGGAUCAGAGGCGGUUUGACUCUUCUCGCGCUCCUGUCAAUGAUUAUGGACGUGUUCCGAAUCGGCUAUUAUGUCGGAUAUCAAUCUUGCGUGUCGGCCGUUCUCGGGGUGUAUCCUGUCAUCCAUGCAAGUCACACCAUAGCACAGGUGCACUUUCUCUGGUUUCACAUCAAGGAUGUCAUCAAGAGUUUUGAAACGUUAGAGAGAUUUGGCGUCAUCCAUGCCGUCUUUACCAACCUCCUCCUCUGGUCCAAUGGUGUGAUGUCAGAGGCCGAGCACUUCUUGAACAACCAUAAGAGACGGCUUUCCGCUCUGGGCUACGGAAACCUCACUAUAGUUCACACCGAGCCUCAAUGCAACUGCAGCACCAGCACUUGCUCCAUGUUCUCCAGCAGCCUCUACUAUCUCUACCCCUUCAACAUCGAAUACCACAUCUUCGUCUCCGCCAUGCUCUUUGUCAUGUGGAAGAACAUCGGAAGGACCAUCGACCUUUCUUCCAAUCGGAAACGGCUAGCGACGAAAACCCAAGGUUUGACCCUGGGGCCCAUUCUGGGACUGGUUGCCCUCGCCAGUACCAUCGGGAUUUUGGUGGUCUACGUCACGCACAUGGAGGGUUCCGUUCAAACGCGGCGCUCGGCCAUUUCCAUGUUCUACAUCUACGGCAUCGUCAUGCUGGCGUUGAUGUGCUCCGCCUGCGCUUCGGGUUUGCUCAUAUACCGAGCGGAUCACAUGGCGCCAGACAGCUCCAAGAACCCCUCAAGGCAGCUGGACACAGAGCUGCUCUUCGGAUCGUCUAUCGGCUCCUGGUUCAUGUCCUGGUGCAGCAUCGUGGCCGUGGUGGGAGCCAGCAGCAGUCCCCCGUAUCGUUGGACCAACUUGAUCUAUUCCCUGCUCGUUGUGUUAGAGAAGUGCAUCCAGAACCUCUUCAUCGUGGAAUCCCUCUACCGCCGGCAGGACGACGCCGGGCGGGUUGACCCCGAAUUAGUGGCGUCACCUGAAAUCUUCUCGGUGACUUCCUCCUUGGCCCCGCCUUACAACGGCAUCUUCAACCGAGCCUACGACGCACCCAACAGGGCUUGUGUCGCCAUCGAGAACGAGCAGGAAGAGAGCGGACAGGUGUACAAAUUAGCCGAGGUGCCAAAGCCUUUCGGAGGUCAAGUGGCCCAUGCGCCAAAUAUCAAGAGGCGAAUCCUGAAGAAUAUCGCCGUCUUCUUGAUUAUGUGCAACAUCUCGCUGUGGAUCCUCCCCGCCUUUGGCUGUCGACCACAGUAUGAAAAUGGGCUGGAACAGGAGGCCUUCGGUUUCAGCAUUUGGACUACAACUCUCAAUUUUGCGGUUCCUUUAAACCUUUUCUACCGCAUGCACUCGGUCGCUUCUCUGUUUGAGGUCUUCCGCCGCGUCUGACGGAGAAGCCGAGGUCAGACAAUGCGUAACAAUAUUGGCUACUGAGAGCGUUUACCAGCGUGGCUCACACAUUCACCAGACUUGAAAGAAAGAAAGCCGUGACAACGGUUACUUCGCAUACUUGUGCAGUUUUUAAAUACUUUUAAAGAAAUUCCAGGAGGGCUCACGUUUUGUUUCUGUUGUUACAGUUCAGUAGGUUUUUGACUCAAUCCUGUUGAAUGU